UGCCCAGCAACCGAUGACGCGGCCUCCCUUGACCAAUCAGAGCCGCCUUCGAUCGCUUUCGCUUUCGAUGCUCGGAGGAACCGGAGGGUCCGAGGGGUCCCGGGGCACCCCCAAUGGCUCCAAACCCCUCCCGCCGCUUCCUGGAGCUGUUUCGUCCCGAGCAAAGGCGCUGCACGAUCGUGGCCGGGCUGAUGGUGGCCUCAGUACUCGCUGAGGUCACCGUCCCCUACUUCAUCGGCCACGUCUCCGACUGGGUGGCCAGCGAGGACAAAUUGGCAACCAUCGUCUCCAUUGUGCUGCUGGGGGUCACCAGUGCCGUCACAGAGUUCACCUGCGAUGCCACCUACGUGGGCACCUUGAGCCGGGUCUUUGGCCACCUCCACGCCCGGGCCUUUGCCGCCAUCCUGCACCGGGACCUGUUGGCGUUACAGGCGCUGGGCGCCGGCGCGGUGACGUCGCGGGUGACCGGGGACGUCGAUGCCACCCAUGAGGCCGUGGCCGACGCGCUGCUGCUGCUGCUGUGGGAGCUGGCGCGGGCGAUGCUGCUGCUGCUCCCCAUGGCUUGGGUGGCCCCAGUGCUGGCCAUCACCACCCUCCUGGCAGUGCCGGUGCUCCUGUUGGUCGCCCAGGCUAUGGGCAGUGUCCAGCAGGGGCUGUCCCAACGGGUGCAGGAGGCGCUGGCCGGUGCCACCGGGGUGGCCAUGGAGACCUUCGAGGCCAUGGGCACCGUCCGUGGCUUCGCCUUCGAGGCCGGAGCGGUGCAGAGGUACCAGGAGCAACUGCAACGGGUGCAGAGGCUGGAGGCCACCCAGGCGCUCACGUACGCGGCCACCGGCUGGAUCAGUGGGUUCUUGGCGCUGGCUUUGAAGUUGGGGCUCCUCUACUACGGGGGACAGAUGGUGGCCGCAGGGACCAUCAGCACCGGGGACCUGGUCACCUUCCUCAUGUACCAGAUGCAGUUCACCAGCUCCAUCAAGGUCCUGCUCCAUUACUACCCCAGCCUGACCAAGGCCGUGGGCUCCUCGGAGAAGGUCUUGGAGUUCCUGGAUGAGGAGGAGCAGAGGGCACCGGAGGGGACACUGGAGCCCGAGGUGCGGGGUCACCUCAAGCUUGAGGAUGUCUGGUUCUCCUACCCCGAGCAGCAAGAGCCCGUCCUCAAGGGCGUGUCUCUGGAGCUGCUCCCUGGGCAGGUCCUGGCCGUGGUGGGUGCCCCGGGUGCGGGGAAGAGCACCCUGGUGUCCCUGGUGCUGGGCUUGCACCAGCCCCACCGCGGGAGGGUGCUGCUGGAUGGGCACCCGCUGCCCGCGUACCGGCACCGCCACCUGCGCCAGCAGGUGCCAGCAAUGGGUCCCCAACCAUCACCAACGGGUCCCCAUGGCCACCCCUGUGUCCCCAACCAUCACCAAUGGGUCCCCAAGGCCAUCCCCAUGUCACCAGACAAGCACCAUGUUCCAUGUCCCCAUGUCCCACAUCCCCAUGUCCCAUAUCCCACAUCCCCAUGUCCCCAUGUCCCACAUCCCCAUGUGGCCGUUGUCCCCCAGGAACCGCUGCUGUCCUCCCGCUCCCUCCACGCCAACAUCUCCUAUGGGGCUGGUGGCCGGAGCCGGGCGCAGGUGACAGCGGCCGCUCGCCGCGCCGGUGCCGACCCCUUCAUCCGGCGCCUGCCCCACGGCUACGACACCGAGGUGGGGGACCUGGGGACGCAGCUCUCCGGGGGACAACGCCAGGCCGUGGCCAUUGCUCGUGCCCUGCUGAGGGACCCCCGUGUCCUCGUCCUCGAUGAGCCCACCAGCGCCCUGGAUGCCAAGACCAGUGCUCAGGUGGAGCAGGAGGUGCUGAGUGCCGGGCGCUCGGUGCUGCUGGUGACGGGGCGGGCGGCCCUGGCGCUGCGGGCGCAGCGCGUGGCCGUGCUGGCCGGGGGACGCCUGCGGGAGCUGAGGAACCCCAGGGAGCUCCUGCGCCCCGAGAACCGCUGCUGGGAGGCACCAGGGCAUGGGGACGCAACGGAGCAGGAGGGGGGCACGGAGAGAUGGGAUGGGGACGGUGGGGAAUGGGAUGGGGACAGUGAGAACAUGGAUGGGGACAGGAGGAGAUGAGAUGGGGACACCAAAUGCCAGCAUGGGGGCACCAGGGGAUGGGGACA